AUGGGUAUUACGGCACCAGACGAGGAUGAAUUUGAGGAGGAUGAAGAAUCUGAUGAUCCGGAAGAUGAAGGCGUGCUAGAGGAAGCUGCAGAAGCAGACCGUGACGGGGCAGCGGCAGACGACGUCGGUGAGCCGUCCACAUCGUACCCCGAACCGCCAAAUCGGGUCUAUCGCGCGUCGGACCUCUUUGGCGAGGCAGCAGUGAUGGACGCGGCGCUCUGGCUUGCCUCGAGCUAUCCUGAUGUCUUGGUCACUGGCCUGCAGAGCAACCCGCACUUGGUUGUUCCGGGCGACAUAUUUGUGCUUCACCCUGGACUAAUCCCCGAUGACGACUUGGACGCGAUCUCGGUUGCCGUGGAGCAAGGGGCGACGGUCAUUGUCGCCCCCCGGGUCAAGGCGGAAGAUCCGGGCUUGGACCCGGCGCCCGACCCCGUGGGGCUCGCGGGGAUCCUGCCCGACGAGGUGCCUCUGAUUCGGGUGGAGGACUCCCUAGCCAUGGGCGCACGGCUAGCAGCGGCGUUCUACGAUCUCCCUUCAGCGAACAUGGUGACCAUUGGCGUGAUGGGCCUGCUGGGCAAGACGACAACCGCCUGGCUGAUCCGGGGGCUGUUGGAGGAGCUGGGCCAGACUGUAGGCCUUGUGUCCACAAUCGAACAUGCCAUCGCCGAGGACCGGUUGGAUGAGGACGGUUACUUGUGGGAGCCCAUGGAAGAGGACCCAUCGGCGGAGCGGGAGUCAUCCGUGCCGUUCAAGCUCAUACCCUACGCAGGCAAGCGCCAGAGACACGAGUUUGGUCCUUUUCACCGUGGCGUGUUUGUACCGCAUCUCGCAGUGCUAAUAUCGAGGCUUUGCACCGCAGGGAAAUAUGAGCAGCACUACAAGCAAACGUUACCCGGGCUAAACUCGCAAAAGCUCCUGGCGGGCAUGCGCGACCGGGCAGCUGGAGUAGCGGUCAUGGAGAUGGGGACGAAGAGCCUGGCCCUCGGGACGUUUGACUAUGUGGACUUGAACGUGGCGGUGGUGACUGGCUUGUCGGUCCACAUGGGGGUGCCGGCCAGCGAGCAGCCAGAGGACCGGGCGGACGAGGUCCGAGCGGCGGCAGAGCUGGCCAUGAUUACCCUGGAACGAAAGCUGACGCAGCCAGAGAUGCAGGUGUUGGUGAUCAAUGCGGACGAUCCCGCCACCGAGGAGCUACUGCGGCGGCUGAACAACGCGGUGCCGGUCGUCACGUUUGGCAUGUCGAACAGCCGGGCGGACGUGUUUGUGGAGAGCUACAAGAACAACAUCUGGGAGACGGAGGUCAUCAUCCGGACGCCGACUGGCCGGUUGCAAAUCAUCACCAACUUGCUUGGCCGCCACAAUGCGUACAACCUGGUGGCGGCAGUGGCUACUGGUGUCGCGCUUAAGGCACCUCUUCAGUCGAUUGUGGCCGGCAUUGAGGCGGUGGAGAUUCCUGGCAGGUCGGAGGUCAUUGAUGAGGGACAGGAAUUUAGCGUGGUGGUCGACGCGGCUCAGAGCCCCGAAACGCUCGCCUCUAUGCUGGACGCGCUGCGACGAGGAGGGGCGCGGCAGAUCUUUACCGUCUUCGGCUGCUCGGGCAAUGAAGAUCCGUCUAUUCGGCCGAAGAUGGGCGCUGUGGCCCACGCUAAGUCGGAUUACGUCAUCGUAACCAACGAGAACCCCCGACUGGAGGACCCUGCCAAGGACCAGGGCCGCACGCCGCUGUGGUUUGAGCCCUACCUCCAAAAAGCGCAGCGCGACAACAAACGGUACAUCAUGGAAGACCGCUACAGCGCCAUUCGGGCGGCCAUUGGUACUGCGGGGCCGGAGGACGUGGUGCUGCUGGCGGGCAAAGGCCACCAAGACUGGGUAGAGCAUGCUGACACCGACGGCAAUAUUCUUCGUGGCUGGCUGGACGACCGAGUGGAGGCACGCAACGCGCUCAGCAAACUCAAAUACCUCAAGCAGAUCCCCAAAUUCAACCGCGAUACGCUGCCUUGGGGCUCGCGCAUUGAGACCCUUAUGGAGACGCUAGCGGUGGAUCCAGGGGUGCUGACCCGUCCAGGGCCUGUGGACACCAACCUUGAUUGA